AUGAACGUCUGGAUCGGCGGGGAUACGGUGCUGAAACCGGAGGAUCGCCCGAGCGACCUCCUGCCGGAUCAACCGUCGGAUUGCCCUCCCGACGUGCCUGACCAGACUGUGGUCGGAAAAGGGACCAGCGAGGGGCACCCUCCUGACAGCAACGAAGAGGGCGGCGUCAGACGAAACAUGAUCAUCUCAGUCGUCGCCAGCAUGGUCCUUUCGGUCGCCAUCUACGUCAUGUGGCACGUGCUCGAGGUUUCCUACCGGCACAAGGCCGGAGUCCUGGUCAAGGGCGAGGACGACGUCAUGACCAGGCCGAAAAAGGAGGACAUCCGGUCGACGCAACAGACCACGCCGCCUUUUAUCUGCACGUCGCCCAGCUGCGACCAGUUCUCCAGCAUCUUCCAGGAUGCGCUGUCCUACGACGAGGAACCCUGUUCGGACUUUUACCAGUUCGUGUGCAAGCGCUGGAGCGUGCGGCUGCCGCAAGAAUACACUGUCAAGGCGGCACACCAGCACCGCAUCGUCGCGCUCAUGCGCCGCGUCCUCGACGACCUCCCGCGCUCUACGGCGUCCAGCUCCUCGGAGGUGAGGGCGGCCGACCUCUACUGGAUCUGCAUGCGGCCAGAGAGCAACGUAGAGGCGCUCAGGGAGUUCAUGCGCGUCGAGGGCGUAGCUUUCGACGACGACGAACCGGGCGAACACCCGCUUAAGCGCAUCGUGCACCUGAACGUCCGCUACGGCUUCGAGACCGUAUUCAACGUCGGGAGAGGGCAGAGCGCCACCGCCGCCGAGUGUAGGGGCGCCAGCUGGACGUUCGUCUUGGAGAAAGUCGACGUCCACACGUACGCGCCCUUCAUCGAAGACUUGACGAGCAGCGUCCACUUCAUCCGGAAGGCGUUCGCUAUAGUGACCGGGAUGGAUAUUCCCGCGGAAACGCUUCGCGACAUCAUCAGCGUCGACGCGUUCGUGGUGGACCUGCUUCGCAGGUUUUCCUGGUUGCCCAUGAGAAGGGUGUUUCAGCUCGGGAAAGGCGGCUUCUUCGCGGGCAAUGUGACGGUGGCCGACAUGUUCCUCUACCUGGGUGAGUCGCUGCGCAUCCAGUUCGACGUCCAGGACUGCAUAGUCGUCGCAUCGAUCCACAUUAUUCGGCUUCUCGAAGAGAUUCUCGAAAAGUUUAGCACGACGCAGCUGAACAGGUACGUCCAGUGGUCGGUGCUGAAGCGCAUCUUGCCUAUCGCCGAUCCAUCUGUUAUGGAGCCAGUGGAACUGCGGCACUUCUACUGCUACACCAUGCUAGAACGGUUGCUGCGCUACGCGUUGUCCCGACGGUUCCUGGAAGGCGUCGUGGCGCCCGGAGGUCGCGCGACGCGCGAGGCCUCGACCAUGAUCAGUGUCAUUCUGCGCUCGGCUCUUUCCUUCGUCGACGACAGCAGCUGGAUGAGUACGGGCCAGAAGGUCAGCAUUCACCUGGAGCUUGCCAAGAACAUCCGAGUCUUGGGCUACCCUCCCUCGCAAGACCUUGGUAAGCGAAAUAAGAUGUGCUCCGAAGACAUCACAGCAUCUCUGUACUGCAGCGUGCUUCUCUGCUCGGUCGAUAAGCAGAAAAUAGGAAAGUGCGGCGAGUUAGUGUUGAGCCACUUCCUUAAAACCCGAGAUGAUAACGAAUGUGAAAUACAGUGA